AUGGGCGGCGACGGACGGACGGGCACGGGCGGAAUCGCUUCUAGCCGCGACGAGGUAGGAAAGACGUCGCACAGGAGCUAUUGGCCCACCUGGCGCCGCGUCACCUCCACUCGCCGCUUCCUCCUCGCCCACCACGCCCGCCAGCCCGCCUUCCGCAUUAUGGACGGCGACCAGUCAGUCCUCGGCGUUCACCACCACCACAUCCUCGCCUUGGACCACCGGACCGCCGCUAAGGCCCAGCUCAAUACCGUGGCCCGCCUUGACCACUACUUCUAUUUCUAUCUCGGGGCCUCGUGCGACGGCCUCCUCGUCCUCUCCAGGCUUGCCAGGCGUGUAUCUGGAUGUUGCAUCUCUAUCUGCAACCCGGCCACGCCAUGGGCUCGCCUGAAGAGCAAAUUGGCUGCUAUGUCUUUAAGUUGGGCUCCGACCAGCCACCGAGGUACAUCGGGCCGGUGGCCGGACAUAGCGUCAGAGACCUUCAACUUACCCAUUCAGCUCCAUGGUAACCUGCAUUGGUAUGCAUUUUAUCAUCUGGGUAAAAUCAAACAACUGCAGGGUGAAAGCAAACCUAUAAUAGUAUUUGACACGGCAGCUGAGUCGUUCCGGCAGAUGCGCACUCCAAUUGUAUUUGAGAUGACCUCCAACUCAAAUGUAUUUGAGAUGGAUGACACGCUCGGCAUCUAUUGCAAUGACCAUGACAAGAACACCGUUAGUAUAUGGGUGCUGCAGAACUAUCAAAGCGAGGUUUGGGACUUGAAGUACAGAAUUAGAUUGCCUGUUGAUGAAAUCAGGGGACACUUUGAAGGUUGUGAUUACUAUCGGGAUGUUGACAGUUGGGAUGUGGGCGUUGUUUCGGGGGAUGGUGGCGUGCUAUUGCUGGUCAGUUUUGGUCAAUGGGUGCUUCACAUCGACACUGAUGGCAAAUUGAUUGACAGUUUCAAUAGUGGUCUCCUAGGCCUCCAUAUUUAUGGAUGUCGGCUAAAGCAAAGUCUUGUUCAGCAUGCCUUCUUUCCGGCUCUAGAAGGUUAUGUUGUGAACGCUUCGCCUUUCAUCUGA